AUGGUGUCAUUCUGCGGAGUGGCAGCCUGCUUGCUGACAGUUGCUGGCCAUCUUGCGCAGGCUCAGUUCCCACCAAAACCGGAGGGUGUCACUGUCCUGGAGUCGAAGUUCGGCAGCGGUGCUCGCAUCACUUAUAAGGAGCCUGGCCUCUGUGAGACGACAGAGGGCGUCAAGUCGUACGCCGGAUAUGUUCAUCUGCCUCCAGGCACGCUCAGGGACUUCGGUGUCGAGCAGGACUACCCUAUCAACACCUUUUUUUGGUUCUUUGAAGCAAGAAAGGACCCUGAAAAUGCCCCUCUCGGCAUUUGGAUGAACGGUGGCCCGGGUAGCUCGUCGAUGUUUGGAAUGAUGACUGAGAACGGGCCUUGCUUCGUCAAUGCUGACUCCAAUUCUACUCGCCUGAACCCUCAUUCUUGGAACAAUGAAGACCAGCCAGUGCAGGUCGGUCUGUCCUACGACACUUUGGCCAACUUCACCAGGAAUCUAGUCACGGAUGAGAUCACGAAACUGGAACCCGGAGAACCUAUUCCGGAACAGAAUGCUACUUUCCUAGUAGGUACAUAUGCAAGCCGCAAUAUGAACACCACUGCACACGGAACUAGGCAUGCUGCCAUGGCUCUCUGGCACUUCGCCCAGGUCUGGUUCCAAGAAUUCCCAGGAUAUCACCCUAGGAACAACAAGAUCAGCAUUGCUACCGAAUCCUACGGUGGCCGUUAUGGCCCGGCCUUUACUGCCUUCUUUGAAGAGCAGAACCAAAAGAUCAAGAACGGUACAUGGAAGGGACACGAGGGAACUAUGCACGUGCUGCAUCUCGACACCCUCAUGAUCGUCAACGGAUGCAUCGACCGUCUUGUCCAAUGGCCAGCAUAUCCACAAAUGGCGUACAACAACACAUAUGGCAUCGAGGCCGUCAACGCCAGCAUUCAUGCAGGAAUGCUGGAUGCCCUCUACCGCGACGGUGGCUGUUGA